CCUUCUCCCCCAAACACAGACAGGAGUUCACCUCUGGCAGAGCUGUGCUCCAGCUCCUGCAGGACAGGAGCGGGCUCUGCACAGCCCCGAGUGGCACGGGGCACCCGGCACUCCUCCCUCGCCAGCAUGCAGCGCCUCACCUCUGCCCGCCGGGCCGCCCUGCUCCUCGGCCUGGCCUGCGCCUCCGCCGUCCACUGGGCCUGCUGGGCAGAAGCCAGCAGCAGCAACAGCUCAGCCUCGACCAUCCACCACCGCCCAGACGCUGGGACCCUGGAGGAGUGCCCCAACGUGGACUUCUGCCCGCUGGCAGCCCGGUGCUGCCACGCCGGUGUGGAUGAGCACGGCUGGAUCGCGGCGGCGGUCGGCUGGAGCCUCUGGUUUCUCACCCUCAUCCUGCUCUGUGUGGACAAACUGAUGAAGCUAACUCCAGAGGAGCCCAAGGACCUGCCAGCGUGAGGCGGGGACUCCUGGGCCAGGAAUGGCGAUCGCCACCAACGCGUGCAUGGCGGGCAGGGGACAGGUGCUAACUCGGCUUCUACCAUCUCAAUGUCACUUUCACCUUUAAGCUGCAGUUACUUUUAAAAGGGAAGGGAGAAGGGAAGGGAGGUACAAAUUAGGCAAGGCCAGGGCUGCCUUCACACCUGACUCCCGAGGCACUUGGGUCUUCUCUGCUAAACCCCUUUCUCAAGCGAGCGUCCCCCCCCCCCCCGGGAAGUGCUCCUGGUCUCCCCAGAGCUUUCUCCUGGUCUCCCCAGAGCUUUCUGCCAGGCGCCAACCGGGGGGAUCGCACGGGAAACAGAAGGCUUCGUCUUGCAGUCAACGCAUUCAAACCUGAGCUCAAAACCUUCUCACCCAAAACAGAUCAUUGACUUCUGUCCCUUACCUCAGUCAAAGGCAUAACUGUCCGCACCCUCUGUCACCCCACAUCCGGCCUCCUCCAGCUCCCUCCUGUCCUGCCCCUUCCCUAGCCAGCACCCCAGUUCUGUCCCUCACUCCCUUCCCCCCCCACCCCACCCCCCCGCAGUCAUUGACCUUUGGAUCUCCCUCCCCCACUUGUCACUCCCCAAGGGCAGCUGCAGAGUGGGGGCUGUCACCCUCUGCUGACACCCCUGCUACUCCUGGAGAUUCCAGCUUCUCAGGCUGUAGUUCGGGUCUCUGUGCGAGUCCAGCUGUGUCUGCGGCACCUCCCAGAGUGUGUGUGUGCGCUCGGACUGCCAACUCCUCCUCCCGCAUCUCCGGCCACUUCCUCUGCUGGGACAGCUGCCCUCCUGCUGCCCCCUGAGAGCACAGGCCCUUCCUGCAGGGUCUGCGGGGCCUUGCCUGCUCGCUUGUGGGCGACCUGGAGCUGGUGCUCUUAGGGCCCCACUGCUCUGCUCUGCUCUGCCCCGAAGUGCAGCCGCUGUGACAGUCGAGUGUCCUUCCUCACACCCCUGGGGCAAAGUAAGCUAUUCAUCUUUGUCCAGUGAGUGAAUGGCUGAAUGAACGGGCCCCUGCCCUGGACGAGUGAUGACCGUCACUUGCAUUAGGAGCCUCCAUGUUUUUCCAGAUGGUUCCAAUCACCCACCUCUGAAGAAGCCAGUGGCUUGGUCACUGCUCUCUCAGCAAAUUACAGCCAUUGCCACUCAGCAAGGAGAGUGGGUGUCACACACAGUCGGCUCUUGCAGUGGAGGGGGCGGGUGGGUUUAUCAGAAGGAAGAAAUGACAAAAUGACUCAUUACGAAACAAUUUCUACCCUCUGUGAGAAAACAUGUAUUUAGAUUGGAUAAACUCUAAAUAGUCAAAAUACAAAAAAGAAAAAUGAGAGACCUCCGAAAUAGGAAGAGAAAUUUUCUCAAGGAGGCAAAUGACUCAAGGCUGCUCAGUUGCUCUUUCAGAAAAUCCAAGUAAACUUCCCGACAAGGGGAACUGAAGGGAUGACCUGAUUCCUCUUGUGGUCCUCCAAAAAGCCAAGUAAUUUCUGCAUCUCAGAUGUUUGAUCAGUGUACUGGGUUGGAUUUACUGUCCCUAAGAGUUAAAUGAUCAUGUGUACAGAAGUAUCACCGUCACGCCCGGCAUGUUCUGUGGAAAUACACAUCAGUAUGUGUUCCACUUUUUUGUAAAUUCGCGGGAAGAGUUCCCACAAUGUGUGAUGAUUUCUUUCCUGAGCGAUGAAAGGAUUUGUUAAGGAGCACACUUUAAUUUAAUGUCUGCAGACAUUUUUCAAAUAAAACGGUGUCUGCCAUAGGGGUACAAGUACUACCUUUAAGAAAAGGGAAAUUGAGAUUUAUUUCUGGCCAAUGUGAACAGAAAUAAGUCGUUUGAUCUCACUGGGCACCAAUUUUCUGAGCAGAAAAUGUAAGACUGGGACCGAAUCAGUGGUUUCCAGCUCAGUCGUGAGAGCUUGUGGGGCUAUUUGAAUGCCCUCCUGGAAGGGGGCGGGCAUGAGGUCUAUUGUCCUUUCUCGACCUGAGCAGCUUGGCUCCUGUCUCCCGCAUCAGACCUCGUGGUGAGGUCACACCUGCUGCUCUAGGGAGUGAAGGGUGGGCGGCAGCGGCUGGUGUCUGGGAUCCCCUACCGUCUGCGGAGACCCGGAGAUUCUCAGACCACCUCGAAGCGAGUGUGUGCGGUCUCUGCCAUCUCGCAUUGCAAUGGAAGCAUUUUGCAAAUUGCUCUUCUUUCAUCAGCACGAGAGAGAAGACAGACCAAAUCCAAACAGCCACUCUCUUUUCUGAAAGACAGUUCUAGAAUUUGACGGCCCCAGAUGCCGCACCUCAGGUUUAUUCUCACCAUGGAAUGUCUUGAUUACAGCAGAGCAAAGAUCUGCCAAUAAGUUAAAGAAAGUUUGAGGAGGAAAAAUAAGCAUCAACUUCCAGGGAUCGAAUAGCUUCCCACUUUAAAGCAACGGGACUUGCCUGACGGUAGAUGGACUUUUCAUUUUAAAACUUUGCCUUUAGUAGUCAACACUGUCCUAGGCAUCCAGAUAGACUACGUGACACAAGGCAUUUGAGUAUCAAAACGUCACAUGUAGAAAUAAAAUGUUAAACAUCAAGGUGUGGAACAAUUAUCUGAGUUUUAAAAUUAUCAUUUUAUUUAUUUAUUUUGUUUUAUUUUUCCAAGACAGAGUCUCGCUCUGUCACCCGCUGUGUGCUCACCUCCAUGUAGCACUGUGAUGCUCUCUUUGGCAGAACUCUAGCCGGGCUUCUCUGAGCCCUCUGCUCCACUAGGCCUUAACCUUGCCCUAUAAAAACCACUUACUCUCAGCACACACGAUUCCAGCCACCCUGCCCUCCCCAUGUUAAAAGACUUGAACAAACAGGACAGUGUCUAACAGCUCCGGGUGGCCUCCUGGGAUGAGCAGGACGAGGAGCCCCUGCCCCGGGAGACACGGCUGAAGGUGAGGGACGCCAGCCCCAGGGCCCCGCACAGGAUGUGCACUGCACAAGGCCCAUUCCUGGCCAGACGUUGCUACACUAUGUGAGAGCUAGGGGAGGAAGGGGUGGGGAGCUGGAGCUCUCAUCCAAGUCCUAGGGCAGCAGGAAGCCCCCUCUGAUAUACCCCCACUGGACACACAUGUGCCCACCAACAUACACGCACACACUACCGCUUUGUCCUGGCUGUGCUCUGGGGGUCCCCGAGCUUGCUUCUCUCCCUGCCCACAACCUAUGGCCGAUGCCACCCCUGCCUGGUUCAGGGUGAGGGUGGGAGAGCAAUGCGGAGGGUUGUAGGAGCCAGCGUGGGGCGUGCUGGGCUCCAGGGAGCAGAUGAGUGUAAAACGUAAGCACACGUGGCAGCCACGUCCGCUGCCCUGGGAUCUGGAAAGCCCGUCCAUGGCAGCCCAUGCUGUCCGCAGCACACUUACCCAAACAGCUUCCUUGAGGAAUGGGCACGUUUUUAAACUUGCACAGUGGUGUCCAAAGGGCUGCUAAAGCCUAAGGAAAAAAGAAACUACACGUAAGAUCUAACGCUUGGCUUCAUUUAUAGGCUUGACUGAUACAAAGCACACUUGCCAUGUAGCACAUUUGCAAAUGCAUUGUUCAAAUUGUGCUGGAAAAGAAAAGAUAAAAGUUUUUCAAAAGCACAAACCACGAUUAUAAACUACAAUCAACAGUGGCCAGACUGACAAGGGGCCAUUGAGGACGGAGCCACAGUGCAGAUGGCAACACCGUCCUUAGACCGCACACGUGGGGUUCAGUGAUUUCAGUGUGUGCAGAAGCCCAUUUCUCUUCCCUACUGACGCAGACAGGACGAAACAUGCAAUUGCCAUAUUUCCUUUGUAACGUGUUCAUUUCUAUCAAGAAGGGAAAAGGGUCAAAUGGUUAUUUAAAAAUAAACAAAUCUCUCUCUCUCUCUUCAUUGGUUGAGCAAGUGGCUUCUUUCCCAAAUCUGUAUUGUUAUAAACAAUAUGUGAACUCUAGAGAAUAAUUAAAUUAUGAAGCCAUGGAAAGGCAUGGAGGAAACUUAAUUGCAUAUUACUAAGUGAAAGAGGCAAUCUUAAAGGGCUACCUACUCUUGAUUCCAACUCUGUGAUAUUCUGGAAAAGGCAAAUCUAUGGAGGCAAAAAGACUGCCAGGGGUUGGGGGUAGGGGGCUGACUAGUCAGGGAACAGAGGGUGUUUAGGCAGUGGAAACACUCUGUAUGAUACUGCGAUGGUGGGUACAUGUCAUUAUACAUGUGUCAAAACCCAUAGAAUGGACGACACCAAGGGUGAGCCCUAAUGUCAACUCUGGACUAGGGGUGACAAUAAAGCAUCGACGUAGGUUCAUCAAUUAUAGCAAAUGCAGCACUGUCCUGGGGGGAUGUUGAUAACGGGGGUAGCUAUGCACUGGAAGGAACAAGGGAUAGAUGAGAACCCUCAUUACUUUCUGCUCAAUUUUGCUGUGAACCUAAAAAACAAAGUCUAUUUAUAAAAAAAAAAAAAAAAACAUCUUGGGAGAGUUUUAGUGCUCACUCUAGAGAAGGGUAGUAUUCUAUGCAUCAAGUUAAAUGUCCUUGAAUUUUUAAAUCUUCAACAAAUAAAAGACUCCCAGUAGAAGGCUAACUUCUAUGUCUUACAUACUAGGAGCAAACUUUAACACUGUUAGUUCAUCAAGUCCAUUCUUAGGGUCAUUGAAUCAGUUAUAAGUGGCUCAUUUACUCUUAAGAAAACUAUUUCCAUCUAUUUUGGAAAAAUAGAUGGAAAAAUGGAUGGCUGUAGAUGACAUACAGCCAAUGUUAGAUCUGGCCCUUCUUCAUGUGAAGUUUUAUUCAUUACUAACCGCAGUGUUCUGGAUGUCUGUGCAGGCAGAGGCUGUAGUUCAUCAUACCUCUCAGUUCACGGCACCACUUGUCUCUGCGACGUCCCCUCAUCUCAUGCUUCAUUCCCUUCAUCCCAUUCCCCUCUCAUUCUCCUGCUACUGUUCCCUCAAAGGCAACCAUAUUCCCCCUGCAUGUGUUCUUAUAAAAUGGGAGGUAUUAUUGUAAGUUCAGGUGUUUGGAUUUAUACCAGCUCUCAUCCUGCCUUUUACUUUUUUCACUCAGUGGUAAUGUUUUCAAGAUCCAUUUGGGCUGCUACGUACCCGUCAUCUAGAGCUCCUAUCUGCUGCAUAGGAUUCUCUCAUGGGAGCCCACCACGAUCACCUCCCCAUUCCCUGGGAGCCGGACUCCCUGACUGUCUCCAAGCCCCACUUUCAUAUCACAUGUUCCUUUCAUGGGCCCGUGAUUGUAUUUUCCUGGAAAACAUUGUCAGAGGUAGCAUCACUGGGUCAUAGCAGAAACACAUUAAUUAAGCUAGGUAUGGUGGAAUGAUCUGCUUUUCAAAUUGACAUACGGAUUUUUCAUUCAGUUGACCCAGAAAUUGAAAUUGACUUUUCGUUGUUUCUUUCUAUCACCCUAUUUCAAGAUAGAAAUCAGUCAUGUUUAUGCCUCCCCUAAUAUACACAGCAUUCCCACUGUUAGAUAUUGAAUUCAAUUUUGUUUUGAAUCUAAAGACAGCAUUUGCUAUUGAUUUGCAUCAGAGUUAGCAUUUUUCUUUUAACAUGAUUUUUUAAAAGAUGAUGAUGAAUAAAAUUCUAGGGAGUGUGCAUUUUGGCUAAUUUGAAAAUAAAAUUUACUUCCAUGUUACUAUAUUCCAAGCUAAAUAUAGAUUUUUUUUUCACCCUCAGAUAUGCCAGGGUUGUGCCAGGUUUGGGGAGAUACAAAGGAAGGAAAUGUAUUCAAGAGGACACCUCUGACGUUGACUUUUUUAGAAUUAUAUAUGAGACCACAGUGUUUUCCCUAGGAAUGAACCAAAAUGUAGACACCGCUAUUCCAUGCUGAAAGUCUAUCCUAGCAAAGCUAACGACAGAACCAAGUUAGGAGGCUGGACGGUGGCCGUGUUACAUAACAAGCUGGUGAGAAAAACCUCUAACAUUGUUUCUAUCAAUGAGAAACAUUGUUUCUAUCAACUGAGACUAUUUCAGACCAUCCUUAUUUUAUAAAACACUAGAAUGUACAUGCCAGGAGGCAAAGGGGCUUAAUAAUUUUUAAAUGUUUUUGUUUUAAAAUAUUACGAGGGCGCAAAUGUUUUUGGUUA